AUGCUCGACACGGAAAACCUGCGCACAGCGUCGUUGUACAUCAACAACCAGCUGCUGUCAAGAGGACUCCUCAAGGAUGGGCAGAGCAUCGAUUUUACAGACCCAUGCCGGCCUGGGAGCGACGGUGCCGCCACGAUGGGCCGCAUAAUGAGUGUCGUCAACGAUUUAAUAUUACGACGUGAUCGCGACGCCGAACACCGUGAGACUCUAUCAACAACGAUGCGUUCCCUGCGCGCCGACAACCUCAGACUCACAAAAGAUGUGAACCAGCUCACCGAGAAGAACGAGGAGGCACAGAGGAAGGUUGGCCUGGCCGACGCGUCGGAGGCUUCCCUAAAGCUGCAGCUCAAGUCGGCCGACUCUGCGGCCCGCAGGCUCAAGGAGGAGGUGGCGCGGACAAAGACGCUCGUGGCCCAGGCCAGGGCGACGUGUGCCAACGACGUACGCCGUCGCGACCGGCAGAUUGACACCCUCAAGAAGCAGCUGGGCGAGGCCGGCCGGGCGCGCGGGGCGAGGACGAACCCGGCCAUUACGACCAUCAGCGUUACUGGCGACUUCGGCGGCAGUGAAAAGGGGGGCCCGCCCACAGCCCAUGGAAGCCUAUCGGGUGACGACUAUAGCCUGCGGAGCGAGACCAACGCCUUCCUGGCCAAGCUGGUGCAGGACCUGAGCCAGGAGAAUGAGGCCAUCCUGGUAGCGAUGCACCACACGAUAGACGAGCUACGGCAGAUGAGCGGGUGGGAGCGCGAAGCGGGCGAGGGCGACUCGGUAGUCAAGCAGCCCAGCUGGCAGGAGAUGGCCGUGGAGCUGGACACGGUGCUUGACCAUAUGAAGAACAUCCUGACGAACCCGUCGUUCGUACCCAUCGAAGAGGUGGAGAUGCGCGAGGAGGAAAUCAACCGCCUCAAGGAAGGGUGGAUCAAGAUGGAAAACAGGUGGCGCGAGGCCGUCCACCUCAUUGACGGCUGGCGCAAGAGGAUGGCUGCCGACGGGAAACCCGUGUGCGACGAGGAGCUACAGAUGGGCCUGCGUCUGAGUCCCGUGCGAUUAAGGAGUGCUGGUGGCGUGGACGGCGCCCACAACCUUGAACUCUCCGAUGUGGCCGAGGAGGAGGAUGAGAUGGAGGAUGUCCAGCCGUCACCCUGCCCAUCAGCCGAGGAGCCAGCCAGCCAUGUGUCGCACGACGACGAAGCCAACGGCGACAGGAGGCCACUGGAUCUUCUUGGUCGGCGCGGACCGGUGAGGUUCGGGCAAACCGACCCCGGAGACCGCAUCCAACGUCCGGAACCGGAGCAGGCGGCUGCACCCAACCCCGAGCCAGACUCGCCCCGCAGCUCGUCGCCACUGCCCGAGCCGCCACAGAUCAGCCCGCUACGCGAUCUGCCAUCUGCCGGGAACCGCGGGUCGGAUCGGGCCAAGACCCUGAGGAGGCGUCCUCGCGAGUUCACCGCAGCAACGACGACAUCCGAGAAAAAUACGAGGGAACCUGUGCAGAAAACCAAUUUACGAGCUGCUCGCGUAUCCGAUCACGCGGCAACAAGAAGUUAUCUCAAUAACCAAGGCGAGAUGCCUCGUUCGCCAUCAAGAUCUUCCCUAGACGAGGCCCUCCUUUCUCGGUCAGAGGAUAUGGACCAAGAGGAGGAUCGAGAAGAGAAGGAAGAUGAGCCAGCGGAUUACAAUGCCGGUCUAGGUGAGGUCGAGGACGAGGUCGAGGACGAGGACGAAGACGAGGACGAGAUGGCCACGACAGCUCCGCCGCAAAAGACACCGCGGACAAGCACGUCGAAGCUUCCCGUAUCCCGCAACGCCAGUGAAGACGACGGCAAGACCGACACUAUUCGGAUGCGACAGCAGAGUCCGCUCACCAUGUCAGCCAUAGCCUCCAAGCUGGCAGCCUCGGAGCGCGAGGCCGACGCGGCACGCGUCCGAGCCAAGCUCAAGGCCUUCCGUGGCGCGCAGAGACCGACUAUUGCCCCGACGGAGAAGGCUCGGUCGCCGAAACGCACGGAGCGUCACGUUCGUCAUCAUCGUCCGGAAGAAGAAGAUCGGGGAGUGGGGGACCACGAUGAUGCCGGUCACGACGAUGGCGGCCAGGACGUGGAUCCCGUAAAGCACGACGCGGAUGUUGAGCAGGAAAACGUCGAGAGCAGCAAGCCGGAGAAGCGCAAGAGGGACAGGAAGACGGGAGGCGGCAAAUCGUCUAGGAGGCGGAGUACGCUGAGUCCGUGGGAACUCGAUACCCUGAUCUCAGGCAAGGCUCAAUAA